ACCAGCAUUGUGUUCUCACCGGAGCCACAACAUACACCGGGAGUAUGGGUGUGAAGCUGCUGGAGCCCCGACUUUGUCUCCUGCUGUUGCUGCCACUUGUCAUAAUGGUCGCCUCAGUCCAGGUCCCACGGGGUUUAACCCCUUCCCAGUGGUUUGAAAUCCAGCAUGUAAAUAAUAGGCCUGGCCUCCAAUGUACCGCAGCAAUGCGGGGGGUUAACAACUAUACAGGACGCUGCAAGGACAAAAAUACUUUUCUUCAUACAACUUUUGCUGCUGUCGUCAGUGUGUGUGGCAGACCAAACACUCCCUGCAGAAAUAGGACACACACAAAUUGUCAUAAUAGUCCUGCUCAAGUAUCUUUAACUUACUGUAACCUCACAACUCCAGCAACACAUUAUACACAAUGCCGAUACCAAACGUCACGAGCAACAAAGUUCUACAGAGUUGCUUGUAACAACAGAACUCCACAAGACAACGGUACUUAUCCAGUGGUUCCGGUUCACUUGGAUGGGCUAUUUUAGCUCUAGAACCAGCUCCACGUUCACAGUGGUGAAGAGCCUGCUCCUCUGCCUGUGCUGCGGUCAGCACCUGUCCUCAUGAAAC